UCCCAAAUUCAAGUGCCAUCACGCAGUCUCCCACACGGCGGCGAAGGGGCAGCAAGUGACACUUUAAGCCAUUUUGCCUUUGCCUUUGAGGAGAGAAAGAGGAGGUGGAGGCGAGGAAGAAAUAGGGCGUCUUAAGGUGUCUGUUAGGUUAAAUUCAUGAUGGAAGGGUGGUGCCUGCUCCUGGCCGCAGUGGCCCUUCUAACAGGGACGCUAGCUGAGGACUCAAAAUGGGGAGGCCUUUACCCUCGGGAAUCGGGCAGUAGGGAGGUAAAGUCACUGGACGGCCUCUGGAACUUCCGCCUGGCCCCUCUCCACGACCCGUUACAGGGCUUUCGAGAGGAGUGGUUUUUGAAACCUCUCAGUAAGACUGGCUCGGUGAUAUCAAUGGCAGUUCCAAGUAGCUACAAUGACGUAACUCAAGACAAAGCUCUUCGCGACCAUAUUGGAUGGGCAUGGUAUGAUCGCACUUUUUAUGUGCCUGUAAGAUGGCAAGCUGACAAGCAGAGGGUUGUUCUUCGUCUUGGGUCUGCCCAUUAUAAUUCAAUCAUUUACAUCAAUGGUGUAGCUGUGACGUCCCAUGAAGGAGGACAUCUCCCGAUAAUGGCUGAGAUAUCAAGUGGCCUUAGAUUCGGAAAGGAGAACCUCGUCACCAUAGCCAUCAAUAACACUUUAACGCCCAGCACUUUACCUCAGGGAAAGAUCGUCUACCACAAUGACCCUACUAAGUAUCCUCCAGGCUACUUUGAGCAGAAGUUAGACUUUGACUUUUUCAACUAUGCAGGUCUUCAUCGGCCAGUUUACCUUUACACAACACCACAAACAUACAUUGAUGAUAUAGUGAUUAACACUGAUAUUGAUGGGUCUGCAGGUAUCAUUAAUUACAAGAUAUUUGCGGCCACCUCAGGGAUUGGCCCCCAGACUGAAGAUGGUGUGGGCUGUUCUGUUAAGCUCCUGAGUAAGGAGGGAGAUCACAUCACUAGUGCCAUGGGGUGUGUUGGCACUAUUAAGAUCAGCAAUGCCAGUCUUUGGUGGCCAUAUCUCAUGCAUAGUAACCCUGGCUAUAUGUAUACAUUGAUGGUAGCAGUUUCAGAUGCAUCUGGAGUGCUGGAUCUCUAUCCUCAGAAAGUUGGCAUUCGCACUCUUGGAUGGAACUCCACAACGCUGACCAUCAACAAUCAGCCUCUGUAUUUACGUGGCUGUGGACGGCAUGAAGAUGCUGAUAUCCGGGGCAAAGGUGUUGACUACGCAUUGAUCGUGAAGGACUUCAGCCUCCUCAAGUGGCUGGGUGCAAACAGCUUCCGCACGUCUCACUACCCCUAUGCAGAGGAGAUCAUGGACAUGGCAGAUCAGGAGGGAAUCAUGAUUGUGGAUGAGAGUCCUGCGAUUGGUCUCAAUGGUUUUGGUGAGGAGUUGAUGAAACGCCACAUUGCAGUCAUGCAGGAAUUUGUCCGCCGUGACAAGAAUCGCCCGAGUGUCAUCAUGUGGAGUGUCGGCAAUGAGCCAAGAUCCUAUGAGCCCGCUGCAAAGGAGUAUUUCAGCCAUGUUGUGAAUGCCACCAAAGCAGUUGAUGCUUCCCGUCCAGUUACAUGUGUUCUCAAUUAUCCUAAAAACGAGGAACAUGCUGGAAGCAGCCUAGAUGUGAUUUUGGUAAAUCGCUACUAUUCCUGGUACAGUGACACAGGCCACCUAGAACUGAUUUAUAAUCAGACUGUGAAUGAGUUCAUGGAGUGGCAUCUCCUCCACAACAAACCUGUUAUGAUCUCAGAGUAUGGAGCCGGGUCCAUUGCUGGUUUCCACAUGGACCCUGCAUUCACAUGGACUGAAGAAUACCAAGCAGAGUUGAUGGUGGAGAAUUUCAAAGCUUUUGAUACACUCCGAAGCAAAGGUUACUUUAUUGGAGAGAUGAUCUGGAACUUUGCUGACUUUGUCACACCAAUGGAGUACAACCGCCCCGGCGCCUGCAUGAAGGGCCUGUUCACCAGAGCGCGGCAACCCAAGAUGGCGGGGCAUCUGAUGCGCGCCAGGUACUGGUCUCUGGCGCAGGACAUCCACAACGUGACCGCUCCCAAAGGGGUUCGCAGUCCGUUGCAUAUCAUAACGUAGAGGUCAUUGGAAUUUCUACAGCGUUGUUUAAGACAUCCCUUAUAAUAAAAGAGGCACUCGAUUGUUUCGUAACCACAUUGAUUAAUGCUUUAUGUAUUGAGAGUUGAGUGUUUGUUGUAGAACGAGCAUGAGUAAAGUGUGUAUUAAGGGAUAGAAGCACAGUUUGUUUAUAUGAUAACUAUUUAAUUUUAAAAAACUGAUCCUGCGUAGAAAAAAGCGUAAUGAAUGGAUGAAGUUGUAAUUUGAAAUUGUACAUGAAAUUGUAAAAGAGAAUAAUAUAGAUUCUUUGUAUGAAAUA